UUCAGACAGGAAGAAAUGCUAAAAAUAUGGAAGGGCCUGUUCUAUUGUAUGUGGAUGCAGGAUAAACCUCUGCUACAGGAAGAACUGGCAGGCAAUAUCUCACAGCUUAUCCAGGUGAUUCAUAAUACAGAGGCUCGACACCUGUUCAUUCAGACAUUUUGGCAAACUAUGAACCGUGAAUGGAAUGGGAUAGACCAUCUGCGGCUUGAUAAGUACUACAUGCUAAUGCGUAUGAUUUUGAGGCAGUCCUUUGAAGUGCUGAAAAGAAAUGAAUGGGAUGAAAGUCUAAUUGAACCAUUUCUGAAGCUAUUAAUGAAAGAAGUUAUGGACCCGGGCAGCAAUGCUCCCACUGGGAUAAAGUUGCAUUUCAUUGAUAUCUAUCUGGAUGAACUGGCCAAAGUUGGUGCAAAGGAGCUCACAGCAGACCAGAACCUCAAGUUCAUUGAGCCUUUCUGCAAAAUUGCUGCCAAAUCAAAGGACCGAUGCGUACUGCAUGCCAUAGCCACUGGUAUCUUUGAGCUCAUUGUGGAUCAGUCCCCCUACGCCAUUGAGGACCUCAUGAAAGAACUGGGCAGCAACAGUGAUGAAGAGGAUGUGGCUGAAGAAGACAAAGAAGAAAAUGAGGAUGGGCUUAAAACCAAACACAGGUGUUUGUCCAGAAAAGCACUGCAGAGCUCUGAAAAAACAGAGGAUGUUUCUGAAAAUGCUGAUGAUGGUAUCGGGACUGUUCUUCAGUUUGAUUAUAAGGCUGUUGCUGACAAACUCUUUGAAUUGGCGAGCAAGAAAAAUACACCUUCCCUUAACAGAAAGCGCCUGUACAAGCUGGUCAAGAAGUUCCAGGACUUAGCAGAAGGAAUCUUCCCCCAGGAUAUUCCCGAAGAUGUUUCCACAGAUGAAGACGAUGAUGAAUUCAGCAGGGGGAGGCGAAAGAGAAAAGCUGUCAAGCCUUGGGAGAAAAACAAGUUGGAAGAAGCAGAAGAGGAUGAACAGGAGAUGUCAAGUGCAAAAGAGACAUCGUUUCCCCAGAAGAAAAGGAAGAAGAGGAACAGGCCAGGUGCUGAUUCUGGAACAACUGGGGGAAAUAGUGAGAAGGGAAUAGCUGAAACAUCUGGAUCUAAUGUUUUUGGCCAAGGAAAGGUGCCAGAAAAUAGCAAUCCAAGGAAGAAAAAGAAAUUGCUAGUAAAUGAGGCAAAUGAGACCACAAACGUAGCAACUGACACCAAAGGAAAUCACAGUAUCUCUGCGCAGAACCGUCCGACUGACGCCGAACAGAGUAAAAAGGGUCAGUUGAAGAAAAGGAAUCCGAAAGUGCAAAAUGUUCCUGUAAAACCAGCCUGUCGGAAGAGACCAGCUAAUGCCAGUGGGGCAGGGGAUGUCAGCCCCUCUAUGACACCGUUAACUCCUACGGUUGUGAAAAAGAAAGAGAAAGCGGGGGCUGUCUUGGUGAAUGGGGAUGCUCUUUUGCUGCAAACCGACCUGAAAUCCCACAAGGAGGGCUUGCUGGGGUCCCUGUCAGCAGGUGCAGACUCUGAACCUGCACCCUCCAGAAAGGUCAAAUUGAAGAUGAAGACAAAGCUAGUCAGUUUGGAAGGGGUGAAAGUCUCCAGCCAGAAAGCAGAAACCUUGAAAAAAAAGAGAAAAGUGAAAGAGAUGCUAAACUCUCUCACAGACAAUGGAGUUCUGGAGACUGUAUGCAAGAAAAGCAGGAAAGGGGAAAGUAGCAUUGCUCUAUCACUGUUAAAGAAGAAGAAGGUAAAAUCAGGAAGUGAUUUUGUAAAAUUUGAAAAAUCUUUACCAAAGUCAGUGUUCUUCAGGAAAGCCAGAAGCACCGUCUCUUCCACCAGGACAGCCAUGCAGCCGAACAAGCUGCAGACGCCCAGCUCCAAAAAAGUCAGGUUUGGCUUGAAUAAGAACAUGACUGCUGAAUUUAAAAAGACUGACAAAAGUAUAUUAGUGAGCCCAGAAGGACCCUCCCGUGUGGCUUUCAAUCCUGAACAGAAACCCCAUCAUGGGGUGCUGAAGUCCCCCACUGGUACCCUAGCAGGAGAGCCUCAAGUGAAGAAACGAUUUGUUGUAUCAGCUCAGAAGAGACGAUGA